GUAAUCUAUGGAAGCAAAUGCAUUGGAAUAUAAAGUUGUGCAUUUAAUUCUCAGCAGAGAGUCGCCCCCUGCCAUCCCAUCGCCCGCCGCCGUUCACUGCUCGCCGUUCCUCCUGCCGAAGGGAUACUGUUUUGAUUCAAAUGACUGCAUUGUCAUUUCUGAGGCCAAGAAAAUCUGCAAAGUUCUCUUUGGUUUUGGGUAUUUCCCAUCAUAUUUACGAGAAUUUGGGCUUAUUCUGCCCCAAGAUCACCAAAUCCUUCCUGAAUCCAUGCGCACACCAAUCGCUCAUUCAAAGCUUUUGUAGGGUUUUACCUUUAAGCGUACUGUAUUCGACUCAAUCCUCCAAACUUCAUGAAUAUGAGAUGCCUACAGUCACCUGGGGAGCUGUUCAAGGGCGCAAAGAAAAGCUUGUGUCCCGAGUCAUAAUCUGUGACUACUUGAAGAGUUUGGGAAUUGUUCCUGAUGAAUUAGAGCACUUAGAGCUUCCUUCUACAGUUGAAGUCAUGAGAGAGCGUGUUGAGUUUCUUCAGAAGUUAGGAUUGACAAUCGAUGACAUUAACGAGUUCCCCUUAAUGCUAGGCUGUAGUGUUCGAAAAAAUAUGAUACCCGUUCUAGGUUACUUGGAGAAAAUUGGGAUUCCGAGGCCGAAACUUGGAGAAUUUAUUAAGAAUUAUCCUCAGGUCUUGCACGCCAGUGUCAUUGUAGAGCUUGCUCCUGUCGUUAAACUUCUUCGUGGACUCGAUGUGGAGAAAGAAGAUAUUGGAUAUGUCCUCCAGAAGCACCCUGAGCUUCUGGGAUACAAGCUUGAAGGGACAAUGAGUACAUCUGUUGCAUAUCUUGUGAGUAUAGGUGUUAACCCGAGAGAUAUCGGACCAAUGGUCACACAGUACCCGUACUUUUUGGCGAUGAGAGUUGGAACCAUGAUCAAACCCCUUGUUGAUUUUAUUGUUUCGUUAGGUUUGCCAAAGAAGAUAGUAGCAAGAAUGCUUGAGAAGCGAGCAUACAUACUCGGUUACGAUCUCGAAGAGACUGUGAGACCCAAUAUCGAUUGCUUGCUAAGCUUUGGGAUUAGAAAGGAGCUGCUUCCUUCAGUAAUUGCACACUAUCCACAAAUUCUUGGGUUGCCUUUGAAAGCUAAGUUGUCUGCUCAGCAAUUCUUCUUUGACCUAAAGCUCAAGAUUGAUCCUGCAGGGUUUGCACAAGUGAUUGAAAAAAUGCCACAGAUACUCUGCCUUCACCAACACGUGAUAAUGAAACCAGUAGAGUUCCUUCUCGGGCGUGGUAUACCCUCCUCUGAUGUAGCUAAGAUGGUUGUGAAAUGUCCCCAGCUGGUCGCUUGUCGGGUGGAACUCAUGAAAAACAGUUACUACUUCUUCAAGUCGGAGAUGGGUAGGCCAAUUAAGGAGCUUGUGGAGUUCCCGGAAUAUUUUACGUAUAGUUUGGAAUCGAGAAUAAAACCGAGGUAUGAGAGGGUGCAGAGGAAGGGGAUCAGAUGUUCAUUGAACUGGUUUCUCAACGUGAGUGAGCAGAGAUUUGAGGAGAGAUUGAAGGGUGAUUUCAUUGAAACAGAGAGUUUGGGGCCAUCAUUUUGUAUGGGAGGAAGGUUAGAGGUACCAGGGAACGAAACUAUUGUGUCAGAUGAUGAGGAGGAUGAGUGUGAUGAACAGUUUCUUCACAGACGCAUUGUUUCUCUUUAGAAAAUUCCUCCUUUUACUUAUUCAAUAUUUGAUGUUAUAGAUGGCAUUAAAUCAGUUCUUGGCAGGAUAUUA